AUGGCUUCAAAGAGAUCUACCACGGAGGCUAGUAUCCAGAUAAGAAUUGCUGCAACACUCUUUCUCUUUUAUAUUUCAGUUGUUUAUUGUGUUACAGACCCCAAUGACUUAGCUGUAUUAAAUCAGUUCAGAAAAGGUUUGGAAAAUCCUGCGCUCUUGAAUUGGCCUGCAAAUGGUGAUGACCCAUGUGGGCCUCCAAGUUGGCCACAUAUAUUUUGUUCUGGCAAUAGAAUUACACAGAUUCAAGUUAGGGGUUUGGGAUUGAAAGGCCCUUUACCUCAGGAUUUUAACCAGUUGUCUACGUUGCAAAAUUUGGGUCUGCAGCAGAACCAACUUAGUGGGAGGUUGCCAUCUUUUAGUGGUUUGGCUGAAUUGAGGUAUGCUUAUUUGGAUUACAACAAGUUUGAUUCAAUCCCAUCAGAUUUCUUUACUGGGCUUGUGAAUUUGGAGGUGUUGGCAUUGGAUGAUAACCCUCUCAAUGCCACCACUGGAUGGUCACUGCCUAGGGACCUGGUAGGUUCAACUCGAUUGACGAAUCUUACUUUGAUGAACUGCAAUUUGGCCGGUUCUUUGCCUGAAUUUUUGGGAAAUAUGACAUCUUUAGAGGUUUUGAAAUUGUCGAUGAAUUCGGUUGUUGGUGGUAUUCCAGAGAGUUUUAGAGACUCAAUGUUGACAAUACUUUGGUUGAAUGGACAGUCCGGCGAUGGCAUGACUGGUCCAAUUGAUAUAGUCGUGUCAAUGGAGUCACUCGCCAGUCUUUGGCUCCAUGGGAAUCGUUUUUCAGGUAAGAUCCCGGAGAACAUUAGUAACUUAGUUUCUUUGCAGGAUCUUAAUCUCAAUAGCAAUGAACUUGUUGGUUUGAUUCCCAAUAGCUUGGAAAGUAUGCCAUUAGGCCAUUUAGAUUUGAACAACAAUCAUUUCAUGGGUCCAAUUCCAAAGUUCAAAGCUAUCGAUGUUACUUAUAAAUCGAACCCCUUUUGUCAACCUAAUCCAGGAGCUCCCUGCACUCCAGAAGUAAUGGCUCUUUUAGAGUUUCUUGAUGGGGUGAAUUACCCCUCCAGGCUUGUUGAAUCGUGGUCAGGUAAUGACCCAUGUCGAGGGUCGUGGCUAGGAGUAGACUGUGAUUUCAAAGGACGGGUCAUUUCCAUAAACUUGCCCAACUCUAAUAUUUCCGGUACAUUAAGUCCUUCAAUCAGAAAUCUUGAUUCUCUUACUCGCGUUCAUCUCGAGUCUAACAAUCUAUCUGGUCCUAUUCCAACAAACUGGACAGGGUUGAAAUUUUUGACUCUGUUGAACUUGAGAGGAAACAAUCUUUCCCCUCCUCUUCCAAAUUUCAGCAGUAGUGUAAAGCUUGUCUUAGAAGGAAAUUCUCUAUUAAACUCAAAUCAGACUGGAAAAACUCCUUCACAAGGAAGUUCCAUGUCAUCUCAAGGUUUGAAAUCCUCGCCUGUCACAUCUAAUCCAAUCUCCACUACUACAAAUGGCUCAGUGAGAGGGAAAAGUUCCAACACUGAAUUAGCUGUCAUCGUUGCCCCUAUUGCAAGUUUUGCAAUUCUGAUUUGCCUAGCCGUGCCUCUUUCUAUUUAUUUCUACAGGAAGAGAAAAGACAGAUACCCUACUCCAAGUUCCCUUGUGAUUCAUCCAAGAGACCCGUCCGUUUCAGAUAGUACUCUUAAGAUUGCUGUUGCAAAUAACACAAAUAAAAUUGCUUCUUCAUUGAUGGAGAUUGGUUCAGCCAGCAUAAACAGUAAUCCAUCCCAUGUCAUUGAGGCUGGAAAUUUGGUCAUAUCAGUUCAAGUUCUUAGAAAUGUAACCAAGAAUUUUGCCCCAGAGAAUGAACUUGGUCGGGGUGGUUUUGGGGUAGUUUAUAAGGGAGAAUUUGUUGAUGGAACUAAAAUAGUUGUGAAAAGAAUGGAAGCUGGAGUAAUUAGCAGCAAAGCGUUAGACGAAUUCCAAUCUGAAAUUGCUGUUCUUUCUAAAGUUCGUCACAGGCAUUUAGUAUCUCUCUUGGGAUAUUCUAUUGAAGGCAAUGAAAGAAUUCUUGUUUAUGAGUAUAUGCCUAAAGGAGAUCUCAGCAAGCAUCUUUUUCAAUGGAAGAGUAUGAAACUUGAGCCUCUCUCUUGGAAGAGGAGGCUAAAUAUUGCCCUGGAUGUUGCUAGAGGACUGGAGUACCUUCAUACUCUUGCUCAUCAAAGUUUUAUACACAGAGACCUCAAAUCUUCAAAUAUAUUACUUGGUGACGAUUUUCGUGCGAAAAUAUCGGAUUUUGGUCUGGUUAAACUUGCUCCUGAUGGAGAAAAGUCUGCGGUGACCAGGCUAGCUGGAACUUUUGGGUACCUGGCACCUGAAUAUGCUGUUAUGGGUAAAAUCACUACAAAAGCUGACGUGUUCAGUUUCGGAGUUGUGUUGAUGGAGCUGUUAACCGGUAUGAUGGCACUUGAUGAGGACAGAUCCGAGGAAAGCCAAUACUUGGUUGCGUGGUUCUGGCACGUCAAAUCCAGUAAGGAGAAACUAGUGGCUGCUAUUGACCCAGCUCUAGACGUAAAAGAAGAAACAUUCGAGAGCAUCUCCAUCAUAUCUGAACUGGCUGGACACUGCACUGCUAGGGAGCCUAAUCAACGACCCGAUAUGGGGCACGCUGUGAAUGUCUUGGUUUCCCUUGUCGAAAAAUGGAAACCGCUUGAUGAUGAUACAGAGGAAUAUUGUGGUAUUGAUUAUAGCCUUCCCCUUAACAAAAUGGUGGAAAAUUGGCAAGCAGCAGAAGGAAAAGACACGAAUUAUAUGGACCUUGAAGACAGUAAGGGUAGUAUCCCGGCUAGACCUACUGGAUUUGCUGAGUCCUUCACUUCUGUGGAUGGCCGCUAG